AUGAAAGCCAGAAAUAAAGCAGAGAUCUUUUUCUUCUCCUCCUUUUUUCUCCUUCUGGUCAGUACUCUUCCUUUAGCCCAGUCUUUCACAGAAAAUGAAGAAAUCCAUAGAAAUCAAUUCCCUGAUGGCUUCUUCUUUGGAACAGCUACUUCAGCAUAUCAGAUCGAAGGUGCAUAUCUUGAAGAUGGUAAGAGUCUUUCCAGCUGGGAUGUCUUCAGUCAUAUUCCAGGAAAUAUUAUGAAUAAUGACAAUGGAGAUAUUGCAGAUGACCACUACCAUCGCUUUCUGGAAGACAUUGAGUUGAUGCAUUCUCUUGGAGUAAAUGCAUAUCGUUUCUCAAUUUCAUGGACAAGAAUCCUGCCGGGAGGGAAAUUUGGCGAUGUUAACUCAAAAGGGAUAAUGUUUUACAACAAAAUUAUAGACAAUUUGAUGUUCAGAGGAAUUGAACCAUUUGUGUCAAUGUACCAUUUUGAUCUGCCACAGAUACUAGAGGAUCGAUACGGAGGAUGGCUAAAUCCUUUGAUACAGUUAAUUAUUUCUUUAUUCCCAUACUCAUCCGUUGCAGUAAUUAGCAUUGAAAUCCCUAGUAGUUUUUUCAAGAAUCAGAAUCUUUUUCGUCCAGAAAUUAUCAUCGAAUUCCUGUCCUUGUUCAUGACCACGUAGAGCAGAUUAUUGCCUGUAGUGUGUGUGUAUAUAUAUAUAUC